AUGAAUGCUGACAACAGUCCGUUGCUCCGGAGGGCGAGGCGCUCGUACAGCGCUAUACCAGGCUCUCCACGUGUUUUUACGCUCGGCACUUCUCCUUUCUCGUCUGCCCCAAAAGUGGACAAUGCUUCUACUCGACAGCAAUUUUCAAAGCUUUCAAGUUCAACUUAUAACGCAAAUGCUCCUGUAGAAGCUGUAGACACCCAGGAUUGCAAGUACUCCGAGGACACUUUUAGCCUGAAUAGAGGCGGACACGGGAGUUCUUCAGCUUCGUUUACGCAAGAGCACUUUUCAUCAUCGCGGCCACCUUUCAUUAACUCCAGUGAAAUUCUUGCGCGUCAUCCGCAAUAUGUUUCUGCUGCGUCUAAAACCCAAACUACCGGAAAUACCCAAAAAGUGUUCUCUGCUGAUGAGAGCCGCUGCUCGGAUGGCACUGGGGACUUGAUGGAGCCUGACAGCUACGCCAGAAACUCGUCUAAGAAGAUAUUGCUCAAGAGGGAGUCGGGUGGUUUUUCCUCACCCUUCGAUGCAGAAACAAGCGGACACUUCGACCCUCACAAUGAUUCUAUGGCUGCUUUGGCUAAAUGGAAGGUCUCAGAUUACCGUGCGGCAACUCCACACCGACGUUCUCUCACCACUGAUUCUAAUGAAGGCGAUCAAGGAAGAAUCUCCAGACUUCGUUCGUCGUUACAAAAUAUUAAUUCUCGGGAUAGCCUUUCAAAAAGCUCUCCUAAAGUGAUGUCGGCUGAUGGCCAGUCCGGUGAUGAUUUGUCGGAUCUCAUGUAUAAAGGAGCGACAGAUUUGCGCAACGCGAAGCGUGCUCUUGAAGAAAAAACCAUAGCACUACAACGUGUGGAAGAAGAACUUGUCGUGAGGACUUCCGAAAAAGACGACUUGCUGAAACGAACUGCUGUAAUCAAGGAGAAGACCAAGACCGAAUUGGAGUCUCAGGCGAAGAAGUUGAACGACAUAGUUUCCCAAACCCAAUCUCUCAAGUCCCGCUCGGAAGAAUGUUUCUCGUUUGUUCAAGAAGCAGAAGCGUCUUUACCGGAUGUCAAGAAUCUGAAGGAGGAAAUUCAGAAAUCUGUGGACCAGCUCGAAGCUUCAAUCGGUGAAGACGGAUCAUAUGUUCCAACCCAAGGCUGGAAAUCCGUUUUAAACGAACUGCAAGCAGAAAUGACGAAUAAGCAGCAGAUCAUUGACAUAUUUCGAGAUCGCUUGGAAUGUGCUCAAGGAGACCUCGCGGAGGCUAAGAAUCGAGUUGCAGAAUUAGAAGGUUUACACACCCAGCACAGCAAUGCCCUACAUUCAAUGUCGGAAAAAUUAAGUGAUACAGGUGACGAAGUUGAUCAACAAGAAAAUGCGAGUUUCGUGUCAAAAAAUGCGGAGCUGGAAGCCGCCGUCGCCACCUCUGCGAAACAAAUCGCAGAGCUCAAACAGCGUCUUUCUCAAAAGGAAGCCGAAGUACAGUCUAUCACCGCCCUACAAAGAGAACUGGAAAAGCACCGCACCUUAGCAGAGGAGAGGGCCAUGGAAGUCAAGUCGCUCCGCUGCAGUCGAGAGAGACUUUCUCGAGUGGAAGAGCUUCUGAGAGACCGCGAAUCACGGAUCAUCGCCCUGGAGGCCAGUGAAAGCACGAAAAGUGCAUCAAUUGAGACCUUACAGAGAAACCUCGCAGUAUUUGAGACGAACACGGCAAAUCAGCUUACGAUAAGUCAACACCUUGAACAGGACCUUGAUGCCUGUCGUACUCAAGUCCAAGCCGAGUAUGAACUUCGAACAAAGCUGAUCAACGACAAUGAUACCUUGAAGGCGAGCGAAGCGGCUCUGGUGGCUGAACUGGAUGUCAUCAAAACGGAUAUAGAAGAUUGCAGGAUCAAGUUGCGACAAUCGGAGACGCGAAAUGAGGCCCUGCAGGAGCGCUUCGAAGAUCAGUCUAUGAUGCUGCAAAUGGAGAAAAAGGCCCAUGGCGAUGCUCAGGAGCGCCUCCUGUCCGUUGAAGCAUCCUGCGCCAGAGCAAUUGAAGACGCAAGGAGGAACACAGAUGCUCAAGUUACUAAUCUAAACGAGCGACUUCGUACACUUGAAGGCUUCCUGCGUGAUAGUCAAGCGCAACUCAAGGCCAAGACGAACGAGUAUUCAACGGUGCUGUCAGAUACCGAGACUAAACAUGCGCAGGAAGUGAAAGAGAUUAAGGAGAAUCUAGCCGCAAAGUUGGAAGAAGUAGCACGAUUACAGAGGGAGCUAGAUUCUUCUAAAGACGAAGCGCGGGCACUUCACGAGAAAAUGCACGGUGUGCAACAGGAGUCUAACAAUCUUCAGAAGGAACUUUCAGAAGCCAAAUUGCCGUCUCAAGCGCAGAUCGAAGCGGUCAUCAAGCUGACGAGCAGAAUCGAUGAGUUGCAAAAAGCGAAUGAAGUGCAGGCUCAGCGUGCUGGAUCUAUUAUCUUACGAUACGAGAAGGGAGAUCUGUCGGCGGGAGAGAAGAAACUGAUCGAAAUGAUUCACCGUACAACACAGACAAGUCAUGAGCAGCAAUUGGUGGCAAAAGGAAAUGAAAUUCGUCAGAGGGACAACGCAAUUAAGGAACUGGGGAAGCGAAAGGCAGAACUUGAAAUGCAACUUGCGCGGCUCCUGAAUGUACAGGCGAGGUCAAGAGUGACACCAGAUCCUAAUGGUCCGCGUUCGCUAAUUGACGAGGCCUGGAUGUCCUCUCAGGCAUCGACUAGCCCUCAGACCGGGGAGGCAAUUGCUAAGGCUCCUGAUAGGGACCGCCCUACAACAUUGACGGAGACUGAAGCUGGACCCGAUGAACCAUCACUAAUUCUAAGUUCCCUUGUGUCGAGUAUCAAACCUAAUGCGGUGUUAUCUGUAAACAAGACUAAAACCGUAAAGUCCAAGAAGGCUGGUAUCUCGCCACCGCAUGCCCCGACCUUUGCCAAACUUUCGGAGGGAACGCUUGAUCCAUCCGACACCAUUCAAGCAAGCGACGACGAUAUUGCCCUUACUGAUCUUGUUGCUUCGAAGCGCAAACGUGAUACCACUGAGACGACCGUUAAGGAAACAGAGAGGGCACGGCCACUGCGCCGCACGAAAACGGCCACUCGUACUUUAUCAAGGAAUAGUGACGGUUCUGCACAAGAUCCAAAGGGUACGACGGUUGUGCCCAAAGUGAAGGCACGGAAGCGCAGGUGA